AUGAGUGAUGAAACAGUAAAUGCUGGCUUCUCCCACGUCACAAUCACUAAACCCGAGGCUACAGCGGCAGCUCCUGCUCUGUCCUUCUCAAGGGCAUACAGCCUAUCCCUAAGCCCCCAGGUUAUCUACGCGCGCUCCUCCCUUCUCGGUUAUCUCGUUUCGUCGAGGGUCUAUCGUCAGCUUGAAUUUCUUGCUGUCGGUACCUGGUGGGUGUACUCUGCAAGUGCACAGAGCGAAAGCUCGUCAUCGCAUGGAAGGUUACUCAAGGUUCCAAACGGCCGAGAGGACGUCUUCCAGGAUCACGACCUCGACUUCAAGGCCAAACGCGCUUUGAUGAAGUUCUUGCGCUUCAUCAGCGAAUAUGAAGAGCAGACCGAGUUGUGGGAAGAGCAUCGUCAGCAACCGUUCUCGAGCUUCUUGACUGAGCAAUUCAAGGUUCCAGCAAGUCUGCAAGGACCCUUGAUGGCUUUGACGCUAUCGCCUGCCGGACCAGAUCAAACUCCCACCGAUUAUGCUCUACCGAGAAUCGCGAGGCAUCUACGUUCGAUCGGCGUGUUCGGCGCUGGCUUCGGGGCCGUCAUCCCGAAAUGGGGCGGCUUGUCGGAGAUCAGUCAAGUGUCGUGCCGCGCUUGUGCUGUAGGCGGUGGUGUCUAUGUUCUUGGAAAAGGCAUAGCUCCACCCACCGAAGACAACGCGAAGACAACCGAGAAUGGUACAAAGCUUCGCCUGAGAGAUGGCGAAGUCGUCACCGCGAAGUGGAUUGUAGGGGGGAACUCGUCAACCGCUUCUGAAGACACACACUGCAGGUCGAUAACCAUUGUGUCGUCCUCCUUGUCACACCUGUUCCCGCCCAUCGCGGAGGAAGCACCAGCACCAGCCGCUGCUGUUGUCGUCUUUCCAUCCGGCUCCUUGACGCUGGACUCGCAAGCUGAAGAGCUUCCGCCAGUGCACGUCUUCGUGCAUUCGAGCGAUACUGGUGAAUGUCCUCCCGGUCAAUGUGUACUGUAUGCUUCGACAUCGAUAAACGAUCGAGAUGGGUUUGCACUGCUCCGGAAAGCUGUAGAGUCAUUGCUCUCUGCUCAAGAUGUCCAGCCAUCGCCAACAAUACUAUGGUCUGUGGAGUAUCAACAGCAGGCUUCUUCCGGAUCGGAGACUUUGCCGUCUGAUACCGAUCGUAUCGUUCGCUUCCCACCUCCUUCUAUGGAUCUCGCAUUCGAUGACAUGGUGCUUGAAAACGUUAGAGAGGUGUGGCAGAAGAUUGUGGGCGACGAUGGGGGCGAAUUCUUGAUCUUCCAAGACCGUGAAGUAUAUGAUGAUGACGAGUAA